AUGGCACUCGUUAGCGACCUGCCCCCCUCUCCCCAAGUUUACUACAUUCCUCAUCACAUCGUCUGCAAGCCACAUAGCGAACCCCUUAAAUUGCGUGUUGUGUUUGAUGCUUCAGCCAAAACUUCCAACGGACGGUCUCUGAACGAUCUUCUAUUUACGGGUCCCAAGCUCCAACCCGACAUUGGAGCCAUUUUGCUCAUCUGUCGACUGUACCGUGUGGUUUUCACCACCGAUAUUCGUCAGAUGUAUCGUCAAAUCCUAGUGAGUGACGCCGACCACCUCUUCCAGCGGAUUCUGUGGCGUUUUGAUCCCCGCGAAGCAGUGCGAGAGUACGUCUUGUCAACGGUGGUCUAUGGCCUAAGUUGUAGCCCAUACCUGGCUAUUCGCGUGUUGCGUCAGCUUGCUAGGGACGAAGGAGCGCGUUACCCGUUAGCAGCCCGUCUCCUAGAUUGCCAAACCUACAUCGACGACAUUAUCGGAGUAACAGACUCGUUGGAGGAAGCCCGUGAGUUGAGGGAUCAAUUAGUGUCGCUGCUAAAAUUGGGUGGUUUCGAGUUGCGCAAAUGGGCGAGCAACUCCCCCGAGUUAUUGAGUUCACUCCCCGCUUCAUAUCAUCAACCCGUUUCCCUAUGCGGAGACGACAAUCCCAGUUUAAAGGUGUUGGGAUUGCAGUGGUGUUCCUUACGGGAUGUGUUCUCCUACCGCAUCCAAGUAGUGGAUAGGACGUGCACAAAAAGGAAUAUUUUGUCGCAAGUAGUCCAAAUAUACGAUCCCCUAGAUUUUUUAUCCCCGGUCGUGUUGACUGCCAAAAUUCUCCUACAGAGGCUUUGGUCCCAGGGCGUCGAUUGA